AUGCCGCGCAUCCCACGGCGGCCGUCCGAGGAGGCGCGCCGCGGCGCCUACAAGCCGCCGGGCGUGGACGCCGCCCGCUCGCGCCGCCGACGCGAGGACCGCCUCCUUGCCCUCCGCCGCCGCAACCGCGACGCCGGCCUCUUCAAGUGCCGCCGCGAUGAGCCCCCACUUGUCCCAGCCACCGUCGGAGCCCCUUCCGAGGCUGCCGCACCUGCCGCAGACGGCACUCCCCCACCUCCCCCUCCUCCUUCCGACCCCUCCCCGCCCCAACCCGCUCCGCCCGGCGUGGACAGUCCACGGACUGCCGCCGACUCUGAGCUUGAUGGCCUAUCAGAAUUGGUGGAAAAAGUCUGGUCAGAUGACACCUCUACCCAGCUGGAAGCCACAGUACAGUUCAGGAAACUUCUCUCUGACGGGAAGAACUCAACCAUGAUAAAAAUCAUUAGAGCAGAUGUCCUGCCAAGGUUUGCUGAGUUCCUUUCAAGACAUGGGCUUCCUCAGCUCCAAAUGGAAGCAGCAUGGGUGCUUACCAACAUAGCUGCAUCAGAUUAUACAAUGCUUGUUGCAGAAUGUGGUGCUGUUCCAAAGCUGGUAGAUCUCUUAGCAUCCCCAAAUGCUAGCAUCAGGCAUCAGGCUACAUGGGCCCUUGGAAAUAUAGCGGCAGACAUGCCUAGCUGCAGAGAGACUGUUCUUGAUCAUGGUGCUGUUACACCAUUACUUGCUCAAUUUAAAGAAGAUAUGAAAGUUUCUGUUCUGAGGACUGCUACAUGGGCACUGUCAAACCUUUGUUUUGGAAAAUUACCGGAGGAAGUGCAAGUGAAACCAAUACUGGAAAUAAUCAGCCUUCUUAUCCAUUCUGCUGAUGAGAAGAUACUGGCAGAUGCAUGCUGGACUCUUUAUUAUAUAUGUGCUGGCGUGGAAGCUGGCGUUCAAGAUGUAUUAGAUGCAGGUGUAUGCCCUCAACUUGUGAAACUUUUGAUGCACGCGUCAGCUAAUAUUCUUCUUCCUGUCAUCACGUCACUCGCAAGAAUUUCUGCCGGAGAUGAUACUCAAGUGCAGAUCAUAGUAGAAAAUGGCGUUCUUCCUUGCUUGGCCCAGUUACUAGCACGAAAUUAUCCAAAGGUCAUCAAGAAGCAAGCUUGUCUAAUUGUUUCUAAUAUUGCUGCUGGCAGCAAGGAUAAUAUUCAGGCAGUAAUUGAUGCUGAUGUUAUGAACCAUGUUAUUGUCCUACUGAAGACCUCGGAAACCGAUAUCCAGAAGGAGGCUGCUUGGGCUAUAUCAAAUGCUGCGUCUGGUGGUUCAAGUGAUCAAAUCCAGUAUUUGGUGAGCCGGGGAUGUCUAGAGCCACUCUGCAAUGUCCUCAAGCACCAAGAUGUUGAUCUUGUAUAUACUUGCCUGGAAGGUCUUCAGAAUAUACUCGAGGAGGGUGAGAUCGGGAAGCAGGGCAAGGAAUCCGCGACGAACCCAUACGCCCAGUUUAUGCUAGAGAACGGGGGCCUGGACAAUUUGGAGGAUCUGCAGGAUUUUGACAACGACGCCGUUUACAGGUUAGCCAUGAAGCUGCUCGAGAGUUAUUGGGACGAGGAAGUAAGUGAUGACGAAGCAACUUUGCCGGCUCCCGAAGACGCCCCUGCAGAGCCCGUCGUGGCAGUACCGGAAGAUGCUGCGCAGCCACCUGUACUAGCACCCACCGCGGAUGGUACCGAGUGAUCUCUGAUUCUGCUGCAUUGUUUUAGCUAAAUCAUGUUUCCUUACAUGAUUAAGCAUCAGUAUCCAUGUGAUCAUGGCAAGCAUUGAGAGAAACGUGUAUCGUAGUCAGAUGCUAAGCAUGUCCCCUUCGGCGUGCAUAACUUUUGUGACUAAAUUUCUGUAUGAUGUAUUAUCCAAAUUAUUUACAAGGAAAAAUUUGCUGGAGAACAUUGUUAUUUUAUGGCAUUUGCUAAAACA